AAUUAAUAACCCAUUGACACAUUUUGGGGUAAUUCAUGCAUAAUUAUCAUUUUACAUUUUAGUACAAGAAUUGUUAGUAAUUGUAAAUGUGUCAUCCUAUAAAUUGUAAUUCUGGGUUUCCGUCCUUGGAGAGAAGAAACAAUGGCGGAUUAUCACUUCGUCUACAAGGAUGUGGAAGGAGCUUCGACGCAGUGGGACGACAUACAGAGAAAGCUUGGAAACCUACCGCCCAAGGACCCUCCUUUCAAGCCCCCUCCCUUCACUCCUGCCCCUGAUGACCACUCCAAACCCAAAGACAAGUCCUGGAUCGAUCAGAAAACCGAAGAAGAGCUCGAAGAUCUCGAAGACGAUCCGGAUCUCGAUGACCAUCGCUUCCUCGAAGAAUAUAGGAAGAAGAGGUUGGCAGAGAUGAGAGAGGCGGUUAAGAUUUCAAGGUUUGGAUCAGUGAUGCCAAUAUCAGGAUCGGAUUUCGUAAGGGAGGUUUCACAAGCUCCUUCUGAUGUUUGGGUUGUCGUAAUUCUUUAUAAAGAAGGAAUCCCAGAAUGUGGGCUGCUUAUGCGAUGCCUAGAAGAACUAGCAACCAGAUACCCAGCAACAAAAUUUGUUAAAAUAAUAUCCACUGACUGUAUUCCUAAUUACCCUGAUCGUAAUCUUCCCACUCUAUUGGUGUACAAUAAUGGUGCAGUUAAAGCAAAUUAUGCGGGCUUGCAUAACUUUGGUCGGAGGUGCACACCUGAAGGUGUUGCAUUAGUUCUAUGCCAGUCAGAUCCCGUACUUAAUGAUGGCCAAAGUGGAAGUGGUCCAUCAAGGGAAGAUGUUAUCGAAGGAGUCCGGAAAAGGUUCAUAGAGAAGGUUGUGACAGAGCAUGAAGAUGAUGAUGAUGGAUCUUCAAGUGAUUAGAAUCCUAUAUAAAAUACCCAAAUUUCUGUUAUGCUUCUCAGAGAUGGGAAAGUGCCCUACUUUGCUUUGUGAGUUUGGUUCUGCAAUGGCUAGAUUUGUUCUGGUUGAUCAUCAUCUGUUUAACUAAGAUGUAUAAUGCUGAUGUGUGACAUUGUUGGUGAAACCCAAAUUAACUUGAUUAGAAGAAUUUUGGUGCUGCUUGAUUUUAGUAAUUUCCUUUCAAGAUCA